AUGACUCAGGAGCCAGGCAAGAGGACUAACGAACACAGUGUGAAAACCAGUGCUGAUGCGACGCUCUCCAAGUCUCGGCAGGGGGAGAUCAACGACAAGCAGUGCAAUGACCAGAAACGCACGGGGUCGGGCACGCGAAUAGAAGAAGAAGAAGAGGAUAACGGAGAAGCAGCAGCAGAAGAAGAAAAGACCGGAGCCGAGUCUAGUGUAUAUUCGGGUGGGAAACACUCGCAAGAUGGCGGAAACUCGUCUGCCCCUGGCCCUGCAGAGGCAACGCAGGAGAAACGUGCCGUUGCAGCAAAUCAAAAUAGUCUGCAGGCAAAGCCAUCGAGCAAUAGCCAACCAGAUAAACCCAACCAGUCCCUGCAAUCCAUCGCAACGGCGAAAAGCGCCGCGAACGCCGCAGUUGUCCCUACCCAGAACCCGCAGAUCAACAAGAGCACCAUUGCAAAUAGAAACAAGUCUUUGAAAGCGAAACAAAAGAUCAUCAGCUCCAAGGAAGCGCAUGCCAAAAAUUCGAUUUUGGUUUCCAACAUGGUCAACAAAUCGCCGCAGUCGGCAGCAUUCCCCAAUUUGAUGGGGAGCGCAUACAAGUUGGAAAGUGACAAUAAACCGGGCCCUUCGUAUGCAAACUCGUUGCGCAGCAACAGCGCGGUGUCCACGCCAGGAACGGGGCCAAUGAAGAUUGGCAGUAUUUAUAACUUGAACGACGAGAACACGCGGCAGGACCAGCAGCCCCUCGGCGCUCCACCGCCAUCGUCCUCGACGAAUGUCAGUGUGACGCUGCCGUCACAAGAACGGCCUCCGUUGCAGCAACCAACGGCACCGCCUGCAAGCUUCAUGUCUCAUUCUAACGGAUCGGGAAUGCACGCGCCCUCGAUUGCAAAUUUGAAUGACACGGACACCCAGAACAAGAACUUGCGUCAAAAGAAAGUGGCCAAGCAAAACUCCACCAAGACCGACUUUUUUGCUGCUAAAUUGGCCAGCGCGGUGGAUGACGUUGAGAGCAGCGAUAGCGAUGAAACGUUUGUUUACGAGAACAAUAAUGACGACUUUGACUAUGCCAACAACACCAACCAGUUGAGCACCCUUGAUAACAUCAGUGUCAAUGGAAGCUUGGCCGGGGGCCACCCCAUGGGUAAUGCAGUGGGUAACGCCGCCAGCAGCAAUGCCAGAGCCCCAGUCAUUUUAGAAGCCGACAAUGACAACAAGACCCAAAAAGGUUCAAACGGCAAGGCGCAUUCCAUUGCAAACUCCAUCAAUAGCACAUCGCAUUUGGAUCUCACAGCGUUCAAGCGUCCUGCUCCCAAUCGAACUUUGUCGGCAUUCUCGGUUUCUGAAGCCGAUGGUCGAAGUCCGACAACUCACCAGAUGGCAGACAAGUCUGUUGGAAUCUCCAACGCUUCUGAGCAGCACGGUUUCAACCAUCACCGGCAAAUAAGCCUUGCGCCUUCGAUCAACGAGGAGGAAAACGGCGACACGUAUUCCUUUAACGACAGCGAUGACAAUAUGAUCCAAGACGAGCGUUUGAGCGUCAAAGAGGGCUCCAGUCAUCAUCAAGCGGCUUUGGCCGCCGCCGCCGCCGCUGCGGCCGCGUCGUCGUCGUCGGGGGCAGCGGGCCCGCUUUUGUGCAUUGACGAAAACCACCACCAGGUGCUGAGACCUCAGCUUCUGUCCGCUGCCCCUUCGACCAUCAGCAAAAACACAUCAAAGAAGAAUAUGCAGACGUCAACCACCUCGUCCAAACUACGUUCCACCACGUCGAAGCUUUUUGACAAAAAGGGCUCUCAGCCCAGAAGAUACAGCACCAUUCCCGAUGACGUUGACAUUGAGGAUUUCGACGAUGAGCUCAUCUACUACGACAACAAGGUUGGGUUCCCGCACGACAAUGAGUCCACCUCCUUGUUGGGCUUUAAGCACAAGAUACCCCACUACAGAUCCCUCAACCUACACUAUCCUCCUCACAAGCACCAGCACAAGAGGUACCUAUCCGCUAGGCAGCCAUUGGACUGCUCGGAUCACGAGUCCAACACCACGGGGAAACGGCUUUUCCCCUUCCCCUACCAGGAGCUGCAGCCGCAAUACUACUAUGACCACGACGGCUUUGACCACGAGUCGCAGCAGUACGACCCAAACUUUGACCUUCCUGACUUGUCGGCAGGCAAGAAUGGUCGCAACUAUGGCGGUGCGCGGAACAUGAGCGGCGGCGGCGGCGGUGGUGGCGGUGACGUUGUUCCUCCGUUCUUGCUAACUCGUAGAGCGGGGAAAAAGUCAAACUGGGUGCGGUCGUUUCUUUACACCUUUUCGUGCAUCUUGACCAUCCUCACCGUGGGUUUUGCCUUGGGCUUCCUCAUGGCCACCACGAAGGAGUUGACCAAUUUCGGCAUUGUUUCGAUUGAAAACCCGAUUGUGAGCAAGGACGAGUUGGUGUUCAACGUGGUGAUUGAGGCAUUCAACCCCGGCUGGUUCUCGGUUGCCGUUGACGAGGUCGAGUUGGACUUGUUUGCCAGAAGCGGCUACCUCUCGGACCUGACUGCUGCUGCUGCUGCUGCUGCUGGCACUAUUCAACUAUCCAAGGAUUCCUCUUCCAAAGUCGAAACGGUGAAACUCGGCACGAUAUCGCGGUUGGAAUCCACCAUGACUUUCAAGGCAGGUUUUUUCUCGAGAGAGCCAUCGAUGCAAAAUGGCGAGAUCAAGUUGCUCAACCCGGGCAGAAACGUUACCCUUGUGGAGUCGACGCUGUCGCUGAACGACACCGAUUUGGAUAACCAGGAGAAAUGGGCCGUCAUCAGCCAAAACCCGUUUGAUUUGAUCAUCACGGGCGUGUUCAAGUACAUUCUUCCCUUUGGCACGAGCACCAAAUCGGUCGUGGUGAGAAAGACUGGCUACAUAGAUCCCACUUUAUACCUAAGCUAA